AUGGUCGAAUCUUUCACCCUGCCCCUGCGCCCGCCUCCUGAGCAAAGCGAGCGCCCCGACACCCUCCCCGUCGAGAUCGCCCAGAUCAACAACCAGUGGGGUUCCUUUCGUGAGGUGAACGAGGAGGUUCUCCGAGCCAAGAUCGCCGAGGAAGAGGCACGCCAUGGCGUGCAGCAGGACGAAGAAAUGGGCGAUGGCGAGCAGGAGACUGGAGACGCUGAUGCGACUGAGCGUCGUGAGCAACUGUACAAGCGACGCCUCGAGAUCACCCAAUUCGCAAUCAAGUCACACCAGGAAACCAUGCUCGCUCUUGAUUUCAUUUCCCUGCUUCUGUCGAAGCAUGCACCGCGCCAGGCCGAAACCUCUAUGUCUCCUUUGCUCAAACAACUCGCGCCUCUCGGUACCCUCGAUUCCGACUUGGUCAAUCCUCCCCCGAGACCCGAGUCAGCGAUAAGGGAUAUUGCAACAGUGUCGAGGGGGUGGCGGAUUCAGAACUUCGAGGCCGCGUCAAGCAAGCUGUUGAGUGCUGCCACCAGACUGAACGGCGAGAUCGAAUCAGAGACUCGGUAUUGGAGUGAGGUUCUGGCCAUCAAGGAUAAGGGAUGGAAAGUCUGCAGACACCCACGGGAAAGACAAGCACUAGCUGUGCAGUAUGGGUUCAUCGAAGCUACACCUAUUUUCCGCGAUCGCGGCCUCGCUUCUCUCAGACGGGCAAAGGAUGGAAGUCUGAUCCUGGACAAAGGACUGCUACCCACGGGGGCGCGUCACGUCCGGGUCCGGGUGCAACAAGGAAACCAAGUCUUUGUGAGCUCAAACCCAUCUGCGAGUGGCGCUAGUGACACGGACCCGAUUGAGUACCGCAUUCUCCAAGCACGAGACUCGGUUUUCGAGGAAGAGCUAUUCCAUGAAUUGGUCCGAGAAGCCAGGGCUAUGGCGGGUUGCAGCGUGACCACCCGUCAAAAUCUUAUCCGCGUCCCUGUCUCUGACGAUAUGGAAAUCCUGUUGGAUCUCGUCGAUGCCGAUACACAUGGCGUUGGUCUUGAACAAGAUUCCACGCAGGGGGAUAAUCAACUCGCGGAUGGAUUAGCUCAUGCAAUUCGCAUCCUGCUGUGCUUCGCCCAUCGUCAAAAUCUACGUCGAAGAACACAACUCCCCCGUCCUUUGACAUCGAUAAGACCUACAACACCCGAGUACCAUCUCCUCCGUCCCGCUUUGGCCUACCUACAACAUCUAUCACAUGUGAGGUGGCUGAAGUCGUUCUUUUCCGAUAUCUAUUCGGUCUUGCAAUCCGCCGGCCUCGAUAUGCCUGAGUGGGCUUCGAACUCAUAUGCUAGCUGGAAGAAGUCACCUACAUCCCCAUCACCGGCUACACUCGAAGCCCUCGUCGAGAAUUUCCUUCGACCGAUCGAGUCUACUUUCGGCGGAAAACUUCUCACAUCUCGUGGCUCAUUCACCGUCGCCAUUCGGACCAACCUCUCAUCCAUGCCCUUUGGCACUCACUACGACGUUUCUCUGAACCUACCCAGUGUUCCAGAUCUCAAGUCUCCUGGCCGUCUGGGAUUGAAGGACGAGGUCGAAGCAGUUAUCACCCAUCUUUUGCUUCUGGAUGUGGUCUCGAGCAUUUCAUCCAAGCCGCUGCCAUCAACGUGGGAUACCUCAAAGGAGCAAACGUGGGAUGCAGUGUAUCCUCACCUAGGCGAGCUGAUACUGCCUAAUACCAACCCGGAAAAACACAAGAAGAUGAAGGUCACCCUUUCUCGUCAUGAAAUCACCCUCACAACCUACAUUGUCCGCAGCAUUGACGGUAUUGGCCGUGGGACUACCGAGCUGCGGUCACACAAUGCGGCGACCCAUCUUUGCAAAUUCCCACAGUCAUCAUAUGGGACUCCUGCUGCCCAAGAUUAUUCCUCGGUGAUGGACUUUGUUGUCGCGGAGGCAUCAAAGGGGCACCCAUGA